CUUUACGAGCAAGAAGAAGCACCUGCAGGUUUCUCACUUUAAAACAGAAAAACAUUAAGUUUUGUUUUAUAACUGAAAAUCUGGUUAAAUUGUGGUAACUUCUUCUUCAUAAUGUACCUCUCGCGUCAGUUGAGAUUACUGCCCCGGGCGAACAUCGCGCGCAGCUUGAGUUCCAGCGGAACACAUUACACAACAGCGUCGCCGGCGGAAGAUUCCACCAUUGAAAUCCCCAAUCGGAUCGAGCGCUCGCCCACCGAUAUUCUUCAGGCGCUGGCAGGCACUGUGGGCCGGGAUCACACCGCACCGCACUACAAAUACCACGAUGACCCAUUCCUGAUACCCAUGUCGAACGCGGCCAAGCGGACUUACGCCAUGUCCAAGGAAUCCGGUCGCAAGGCGGCCAACUGGAUUAAAGAGGAGCACCGCGAGCUGUUUAUGCACCAGGAAGCUCAACCAGCCAUAGAGAAAUUUGCGCCCCGCAUGGUUUACACCGAGGACUCGCCGGUGGAGGAGAGCUCCCUGCGGCAACUGAUUGCUCAAGGAGAACUCAAGGAUGCUGUUCUGGUCUACAACCUCCUCCAGCAAAAGGGAACCGCAAUAAGCCCUGAUCUAAAGCAAAGCCUUUUGGAGCUGGUGUGUUUCCACAACAACGAGGAUCCCCUGCCAGAGGAGUACAUCGAGGAGCGUUGGUUCAUGCAGAACAACCGGCGCCGUGAGCGGAGUGGCAAGACCUGGAAGGAUGGCGAUCUGGCAGAGAAACUAUACUCCGAAAUCGAACCAAAGACGCCGCAAUCCUACCCCUCCCUUAUCCGCGGAAUGGCGAAGUACUUGCAAUGCGAGCGAGCAUAUGCUCUGCUCCAAGAGGCCGGCGAAAAGCAGAUCCAACUGGAUACAAACACCUUCAAUUCCAUUAUCCAAAUAGUGAGCUUCCUGAAGGACACGGCGGAACAACGUUGGCAGCUCUGCACGGAGCUGCUGCAGGAAAUGGCACAGCAAAAGCUAAGACCUAAUCUGGGCACCCUAAACGCAGUUCUUCAGUGCAUCAGCACCUUUGGCAACUUCAAGCUUGCCCGCACUGCUGCUCUUCAAGUGCUGGCGGAAUUUAAGCAACUGGAAGUGAGUCCCAGUCUAGGAAGCUACUACUAUCUGCUGAUCAUCUUCUGCCGGGAAAGGGGACCAGUGUCCCAUGUUAUCGUCGACAUUCUUAAUGACAUUGCUGGCAGGGAGUUCCAGAUUGAGCAUCCCAGGGACACGUACUUCUUUGCCACCGCCAUGGAUGUGUGCCGCAAUCAUUUGCACGACAAGUCGCUGGCCAAAAAGGUGGACGAGCUGUUGCACACAGGAAAGAAUUACGAUUUGAUAGGCGACUCCUUCAAGGAGUCCGUCUACUACCGCAAUUACUUGGCACUGCUCUGCCAAACUGAGUCGAUAGAAGAUUUUAUGGUAACAUACGACCUGCUGGUGCCAAACAUUUACACCCCCGAGCCGGGCAUCAUGGAGGAGAUCCUGAGAGCCAUUGAUAAUAAUGGCGGUGUGGAGUAUGUGCCACGCAUAUGGUCGGACAUGGUGGUGUUUGAUCACACGCACCGCGAAAGUCUGCUUCUGUAUGUUCUCCGAAUUUUGGUAAACAACAAGCCGAAUCCCGAGACCCCCGCCCAUCAGCAAUUGGCGGAGCAGGGCGCCAAAGUGGCUUUGGAUAUGUACGAGAAGGUGGAAGAAGCCAUCAGGCGCCUCCGAAAGGUCUCCUUCACCGGCCAAAUGCUUGGGGAUAUCCUUACACUGCUCGUUCGCGGUGACAACUACGAAAAGGCCGUUGAGGUGUUCGCCCACAUUGACAAGAACCAGCACAGAAUACCCGGAACGCCUGCCGAAAGUGCUUUGCUAGAGUUUGUAGAAGCCAGUGUGCAGCAGAAGUCCCCCAGUCAGGCAUUGCUCACCCUUCAGUACGCCGUAGAAAACAACAUGGAUUCCACCGGCUUGGCCAAGCGCAUCCAUGAAGGAUUUACCCUUAAUGAAACACACCUGUCGAAGCUGAAAUCGCUGGUGGGCGAAAGUUUUCUCAAUAAGUAGAAAGGUUUUCGGUUAACGAUAAUUUUUUGUAAUUGAUAUAAAAAAAUUUGUUAAAUAAAUUACGAUAAAUUGGA